GAAUAAUGAUGGAAAGGGGAAUAAAACAAGAGCAUGACAAGAGUAUAAAUUGCACAUAUUUAUGUGCACAAUACAGAUUUGUUGUUAUUCCGGGGAAUUUCCUUCGUCAGAGCAUUUUGUAAUCGUAUCAAGGUCAUGUAGACCUCUGUGGACGAUAAAUCAUCGUCAGAGGAUCCACAAGAAACCUAUCGCACUCUAUUGAUCCCUAUAUUUGUGCACACGCCGUAGAUUUCUUGACGUUUUCGUUCUUUAAAUUCACUCUCUGCACUGGUACUGUCAUUUUUCAAUGUUUCUUCGGUAAUCCCUGUCGAAUGCACCAGUUAUGAUGGCGAGGUGUGCAUUUUCUGGUUGCAAAUCCGGCACAACAGCCGUGAGAAACCUAAAUAAAGCCCUUGGGGUGCGUAACGAAAGCCUGUUCAGAGUUCCAAACAGAUUGCAGAACGCUGAACUUCGAAAAAAGUGGGAAGAGGCUUUGGGACGAGAGGCCAGGGACAAAGAAGUCGUUUGUGCACUGCAUUUCUCGGAGGGGGAUAUUCGGACAAAUUACGAAAUCCCUUUGACGAAAGACGUUAAAUUCGUAUUAAAGCGCGGAACGAUAACUUUAAAAUCAACGGCUGUUCCUAAAGCUAGAAUUAACAACAAUGUCCCAGCCCCAAACUCUGAAAGGCCCUUGGACAUCCCUAACAAUUGCCACCAUUUUAUUCAAAUGCACUUACUUGCACCGGCAAUAAAAAUUCCUCAGGAAGAGAAAGAAAAAAAGACCUCCCAGGCCACAUCGCCCUCCCCUGAGGCGCCCCCGCCAGGAGCUGGAGGCCCAAAUCCCCCUGAAAUGUCCAUAAAAACAGAGGACCCAGGCCUGAACACCACUGAGACAGUCCUCCCCGCAGACACCGCCACAAAAAUGGAAACAGAUUGUCGCACCUCUGACAAAGAGAACAGCCAGGCGCAGGAGAACGUCCGCACGAAUAGUCUGCCCCUUCAGGGAGAGGAGGAAAAAAAGUCCUCUCAGGCCACAGCACCACCGCCUGAGGCCCUCCCGCCACAGGCUCCAGUGACAAAUCUCCUGGAAAUGCCCAUAAAAACGGAGUAUCCCAGCCUGAACACUGAGACAAUUCUCCCCGAGGACACCAGCGUGAAAAUGGAAACGGACUGUUGCAUCUCCUCUGAGAAUGAGAUGACUGCAGCAUCUGCUGGCAACAAAACUGUUCCUGCCAGUUACGAAAACCCAUUGGAACGACUGAGAAGUGAAUUGGAGGAUACUCCACUGCCUGACGGAUGGGUCCACCUGCUUCUGAAGAACCAUCUGAUGAUUGGACAUUUCACUGGGGCUGGACAUGCCAAGAAGGAAUUUUACAUUCAGCGCGAUGGGGGAGUUCAGGUUUACUUCAAUUCGAAAUCUGUUUAUGUGGAAUCAAUUCGUCCAGGUGUGACUGUUACUAAUGUUUUGAAUAAUAUUAAAAUUUUACAACCGUUGUUAUUAUGUGAUGGGGUAGGAAUUAAUGACAGAUGCUGUGAUGACUGCAAAGGGUACGUCGCUCCCGUACUUUCUUACAUAAAAUUUGGUCACGUCAGAUGUAAAGCUUGCGCCACCGCAAGACAGAGGAUAUACCGUUUGGAAAUGAAACAUGCACGAAUGCUGCGAAAGUUGGAAGCCCUAGAGGAGAGAGAUCGUAAAAAUUUGAGGAAUGAAAGGAGAAAGAACCAGCGAUUGAAAGCACUCUGUAAAAAAUUUACGCCUGACACUGAUAAAAGCUAAGAGGACAUGUAUUUUGGGGCAAGGAGAAGCUCUGGAGACUCAAAUUAAAAAAUCUGAAGAAAAACAAGAAGCUGUGAGGACUUGUUUCGAAGCAGCAAAAGUAUCUAGACGUCGAAGUAAGCGAAAUCAUCAUUAAAAUUCAAGCAAACAGACUAAAUUCGUUUCUAACGAAUUCAUCAGAUUUUUUAUUGAAUUUCAAGCGCAUAGUGGAAUUCUUCGCAGCAAGUCUCUCCAUUAAUUUCAAUAAAUGUAAAAAUAUCCUCAACAUUUAUUAUUUUUGUACAUAUCCAUAGGAUAUUCUAGUUUUGGUCGAUUUGUAAGAUAAAUACUGCUCAUGUAUUGUUUCAUUCGUGAUUAAUUAACCCAAAACUAAUUAAUAAAGCUAAAAAUUUCCAGUAAAAGUCGAAAUAUCCUCAACAU